AUGAUGCAGAAUAAUUCACAGCAUGAUAGCUUUCAUAUGAAAGAUCUGCAAGAUGGCUUAAGGGCUUUAUUGCCAAAUAUAAACAUCAGCUUUGGUGCUCCUCUUCACCCACAACAACAACAACAACAACAACAACAGCAACAACCUUCCUCCAGUUCAGCCUGUACGGGGCAACAACAAACACAAAAUAAUCCCACACCAAAAAGUAACUUUUCUCAUAUGCCAGAUAAUCCCCACUGGAUGAAGUCCAUCCAACAACUUACAGAAUUUGAUUCCCAAGGUCACAAUCACAGACUUCCUUUUGUACAGCAGUUUCCGGUUCGAGGUUUGUCAGACGCACUUUCAGGUUUCUUGUCAUCUUUAUUUUUUAUUUGUGCGUGUCUGUCUCCUCCCUGCCUCUCUGUCUCCUCCUGCCUCUCCGUGUCUCCCCUCCCUGCCUCUCCGUGUCUGUCUCCCUCCCUGCCUCUCCGCCUCUCCGUGUCUGUCUCCCUCCCUGCCUCUCCGUGUCUGUCUCCCUCCCUGCCUCUCCGUGUCUGUCUCCCUCCCUGCCUCUCCGUGUCUGUCUCCCUCCCUGCCUCUCCGUGUCUGUCUCCCUCCCCUGCCUCUCCGUGUCUGUCUCCCCUCCCUGCCUCUCCGUGUCUGUCUCCCUCCCUGCCUCUCCUGUCUGUCCCCUCCCCUGCCUCUCCCCCUGCCUCUCCCCCUGCCUCUCCCUCCCUGCCUCUCCCUCCCUGCCUCUCCGUGUCUGUCUCCCUCCCCUGCCUCUCCCUGUCCUCCCUCCCUGCCUCUCCCCUCCCCUGCCUCUCCCUCCCUGCCUCUCCCCUGUCUCCCUCCCUGCCUCCCCUCCCUGCCUCUCCCGUGUCUGUCUCCCCUCCCUGCCUCUCCCCCUGCCUCGUCUGUCUCCUCCCUGCCUCUCCCUCCCCUGCCUCUCCGUGUCUGUCCUCCCUGCCUCCCUCCCCUGCCUCUCCGUGUCUGUCUCCCUCCCUGCCUCUCCCUCCCUGCCUCUCCGUGUCUGUCUCCCUCCCUGCCUCUCCCUCCCUGCCUCUCCGUGUCUGUGCUGGCUGGGUACAACAGGCUCACAACCCACCACCGGGCUUUCAUACACAGAUCCGACCCCCUACUCAAACAACAGAACCACAUAAAGUAACUGAGGGUUUACAAUGA